GGUCCUCCUAAGAGCUAUCCCGAACCAGCGCCAAUGUGAUCCGAAAGAUGUCCGCCAGCCCCUAGCACAAGGUUCGACCUAGUUCCAUGCAUCGGUAUGAGGCUUCAGAGAGACCAUUAAGUCCUGGGAAUUAUAGGAGGAACCGACAACCCCAAUCCCCUCCUCUCGGGUACAAAUACGAGGGUUGUACCUACAGGAACCACUUCGGUAGGGAACUGGAAUUAACCCGACACAUUAAGCACAUUCAUAUUUCUCCUCGGCAAUUUCCUUGUCCUCUUGUGGGAUGCGAGAAGUCACUCAGCCGAAAAUAUAAUCUUAAGGGGCACAUCAUGCGAAGAUGUAGGGGGCUGUACAGGCAUUGAAUUGCAUCUUCUGUCAUUGCCAUUCGCUCUCUCGAAAGUAUACCUAGGAAUUUUCAACGGCGUUUUUGAUUUCCUUGUCAACUUUGCUCCUGUGUCUAAGUGUUCUAUUGUUUUUUUUUUAUUUUUCAUUUUUUUUGGCACUUUACUUAAUACUACUGACGCUUUGUCUAUGCUACUACUCCAAUUUCUCAGCCAGUCUUCUUUCUUUGCGUUUUCUUCCCUUGUCUUCUUCUUUGAGUGCAUCUUAUAUCUUUCUCCUUGCGUGCAAAUCUUUGUAGCUCGUUAUAACGUCAUGUGGUUAGUAGGCACCCAGUUAACUAAAC